AUAUAAUCAAACAAAUGAUUUAUGGAACAUAGUGCAAACUAUUAUACCAAAUAACUCAACCGCAUUUAUUGUAAAAAGACUUAUAUCUGUUUGGAUAGCGGAAAAAUAUCCUGUACUGUACGUAACACGAAAUCAUUUGUCUAAUAAUAUAAUAUUCCGAUAUCUCACUCUCGAUUUUGACGAGGAUGCAGAACAUCUUUCAGCAUUCGUGACGUACACGACAAAAUCAGAAAUAAACUUUCACGAUAUUUUUACCAAUAAAUCCUUCUGGCUAUCACCGCAAAAAUCGAAAAAAUUAGAGCAAGAGUUUGAUAAAAAUGAUUGGAUUAUAGUCAAUUUACAACAAACAGGGUAUUAUCGUGUUAAUUAUAAUACUGAAAAUUGGCUUAAUCUUGCGCAAUACAUGAAUUCUGUGAAUUAUGUCGACAUUCAUGUUCUGAAUCGGGCUCAAAUCAUAGAUGAUGCGUUUUACUUCCUUACACAUAGACAACUAGAUUACAUUACGUUUUGGGAAAUAUCUGCAUUUUUAUCACGAGAAAUGAAUUAUGUAGCAUGGUAUCCUAUGUUUAAAGCUUUUGAACAUAUGAGUGUUAUAGUUUCAAUUAAAAAUACUGAUCCCCUAAAGGAAAAGAUGGAAAAAAUAUUGAGUGGAGUUCUGAAUCAAAUAGGAUACGUGUCAAAACUACAUGAAAACAAGUUCAAGAAAUGUUUAAGAGAGGAAGCCGUAAAAUGGGCAUGUAUUAUUGGUAACAAAAAAUGUAGAGAAGUAGCCAAUGAGCAAAUGACAAGAGAUCUAUAUUUUGAAAGUGCGACCUUUGUAACGCAAUCGGAAUGGAAACGAUGGAUGUAUUGUAAUGGUUUGGUGUCAGCGGAAAAGUCCAUUUGGUACGCUGUAUGGUACAAAUGGACAGAAACACUUGAUGAUACAAAAAUUUUAGAAUAUUUAACUUGCAGUGAAGAUCCUUUAGUUGUUUCUAAUUAUAUACAGGUGAUUUCGGAUGAUAAUGAUUUAUUACAACGCAACAAUACACGUGCUCACAUAUUUCUUCUUACCGUUGCGAGACAUGCAAGCAACGAUACUGUUUGCAAUUUUAUAUUGCAAAAUCUCAAUAAAAAUAUACUUAUGUUCACCUCUAACACGCAAGCCGACAUAAUUGCCACAUUAAUUGUUAUUAUUACCCACCAACAUGCUGUAGAACAAUUGACUAAGGUGCUUGAAUUUGCGAAAGUUAAUUUGAGAGAAGAGCGAUUAGUUGAUGCUGUUACAAAAAAAAAUUAAAAUCGAAGAGUCGAGUAC